AUGGGAAUCGACAUCGAAGCCGGAGGUCGCAAGAAAGUGAAGAAGAGAGAGGUGAAGUCGAAGAAUCCCUACCUGCGCCUCUUGUGCCAGCUCUACAAAUUCCUGGCGCGUCGUAGCGAGUCCAAGUUCAACAAGGUGAUCUCAAAGCGUCUCAACAUGUCCGCGAGGAAUCGACCGCCACUGUCCCUCUCCAAGUUGAUCAAGAACAUGGAGAACAAGGAGGGUAAGAUCGCAGUGGUGGUAGGCAAGGUGACGGACGACAAGCGCGUCUACGAUGUGCCGGAGCUGAAGGUGUGCGCGUUGGGCUUCACCGAAACCGCUCGUGCCAGGAUCGCAAAGGCUGGCGGCGAGUGCAUCACCUUCGACAGCCUGGCCAUGCGCAGUCCCUUAGGCAAGGGCACCGUGCUGCUGCGCGGUCCCUUGAAGGGCCGUGAAGCUGAGCGCCACUUCGGCAAGGCACCUGGGGUGCCUAACUCCAAGACCGCACCAUAUGUCCGCUCCAAGGGUCGCAAGUUCGAGAAGGCCCGUGGUCGCCGUCACGUGGCUGCAGCGGGGCAAAGAUCAAAGCUAUGGAAUGUCGUUCUCGUGGUUUCAAGGUCUAGGCUGAGAAUCCACCGGUGCACUCGAAACGCCUGUGGAAAAGAGGGCUGGGAGGCUGGGAGGGGUAUGUCCAACUGGAAACGAUGUGAUCGCCCGAGUGUCAGCCGCAAGCGCAGUACUACGCCACAGCCGCCGCCUGUUGCAGAGGAGAAGCUCUUGCGUCCCGCGCAUCUGCCGCCGGAGGGCGCCGAACCGAAGUUCCCCCGGGACGAUUCGGAGGAGUGGCCGCGGCGACGGUCGUCCCACAGUAGUCCAGUGCUCGCUAGGAGCUACUCUAGGCCCAAAGUCCUGGUGCGCGUCCUCUUGGCCUUCAGUGCUCUGAGUGCCUUUGCCCUCUUGCUCUUUGGUGGCCACGAGAGAGCUGAGAAGAUCGCCGUCUACCGGGAGUAUCUCAGACAGUCGAAACUCGAAGAGCUGCCGGAGUUGCGUGGUCGCUGGCAUCUGCUGGAUUCAGAGGAGAACUUCAGCUUCGUUUUGCAAGAAGUGCCUAUCAGCCCUGCAAUGCUAAGCGACUUCCACGAUCCUGGAGACGUGCAGCGUUUGCCUUUCAGUGGAGAAGCGGAUUUAGAUCCACCCCAGGACACCGUGCCGGAGCAGAAACGACUGAGUCGCUUCCUGCGGGCGGAGGUGCCAUUGAAGCUUCCCAGCACAGAGGCCCUGGAGGACUUAUACUUGGAAGCGCCGCAAGUGACCCUUGAGGUGAGUCAUCCCAAUGGCACGCUGCUGCUGCGCCAUCGCUUUGAGCUGCUGCGUAAAGUGGAAGGUGCCCUGCAGCUGCCGACUGCCCAGCUCUGCUACGUGCUACCACCAGGGCCCGGGCCCUUUGGGGCUGAGGUCUUGGGAUGCGAACAGACAGCAGCACUUUAUUCCUCCAGGUCGCAGCUCGAGACGCCGAGUCACGUCGCGGUGAUCUUGCGAAGCUAUGCAGAUCCCGUUGUGGUGGCCAGUCACCUCACACGAGGAUGCACCCGUAUGGUGAGCUCGGUGAGCUCUGCGCUGUGCGAAGAAGGUGCAGACACCUGCAGUGCAAAUGUCACAGAGCGCUGCUUCGGUCGACCGCGACGCCUCUUCCGCGUCUAUGGCCUUGCACUGCUGGGCUUAUGCUCGAUCAUGGCGGCGGCAGCGGAAGCAAUUCUCAGCCGUGGCUCCUGGAAGAGAAUACGAGCAUCUGUGUUUACCAUCUUCGGCUUCAUUUCAUUGGUGGCUUCAGUGCAUCUCCUAUACCAAGGGUGA